UGGUUGCCGAUGAUGGUAACGAUUUAGCAUAACUGCUGCAACUGCUGUGUAUUAUUGGGCAUCAUUUUUAAAAUCAUCCCAAGCAAAUUUGCGCCCGCACACCGAACUGAAGCGCGAAAAUCCAAAGAAAAAAUCAACCGUUACUUUCAAUCAGUGAGAACACAGUGAGAGUGUUUUGUGUGUUCGAUUGUGACGGCCGUUUAAGUCCAUCCAAAAGAAAAUUAUUCCGAGCUUUUUGUUUCAAUAACAACAACAACACAAAAACAAGAACAAGAACAAGAACAAAGAAAAAGUAAAGUAGAAAACAAUAGUAGCAAAAUCGUGAUAACAGCGUAGUGCUUUUCGAAUUUUCCUCACUUUUCCGCACGAUUGUCAUUGCAUCACGGCACACAAAUAACAAAACAUUCACGCUGUAAUUGUCUUGGACGCAAACAAUAAAAUUUAUUGUUUCGAGCGAAAAAAAGGAGAUAAUUUUGUCGCUGUGUUACAACAAAAGAGAAGGAGUAGAAGCAAAGAUCUAUCUUUGAAAAAAAAUACUUGGCAAGAUAUCAGGUACAAGAGUGGCAGCAAUACGAUCGAUUCGAUCGUUUUUAUCAACAAUUCCCGCUGUUUUGUGCGUAUGAACUAAUGAACUAAAGUUUGAUUCAAAAUCAGAGAAAAAACUGUGUCAACAAAAUCAAUCAAUCAACAACAAAAGCGAUCAAGUUUUUAAACAUUGAGUCCGUCAUUCAAUUGAAUUUUCACGGUUUUAUUCCAUUUUUGCCAUGCAAUUUACUAACUGUUAAUAUCUAACAAAUAUUUUCACAUUAAAUAUAAAUUAUACUAAAUAAGUAAGUUCAACAUUUUUACAACAUUUGCACAACAGGGCACUUGCCAAAUCAAAUAUCCCAUACCACCAGAAAUUUGUAACAUCACAAAGGCGAAAUAAAGCGACGAAGGAGAAAAAAGCCAGUUGGUUAUUGUCAAAGUGUAAAAUCUAAAUUCAGUGCCAUGUGCCAGGAGAAAAAUAAAAUGUGUUGAACAGUUGAACGUGUAAGUGCUGAAAAUUGUGUGUGUUUAUCGAAAGAGAGGUAGAGAAAAAAGAGAAUAAAAUGCAAAAACUGAAAAUAGCUUAUGGGCGGAAAAGGUGCAUUCAAUAGAGUCGUUAAGCAGGAUCACCAGUUAUUUAUUUCGUGCAGUUCGAUAACGCUAUUCGGUGAGAGAGAGAAAAAAAGGAUAAACUCCUGAAAGAACAAUAAAAGUCAAAAACACCCGAAAAAAGCCGAGAUAGAGAGAGCGAGAACAGAACAGAAAGCACAACAAUACACACGUCAGUAUCUAGGAGCAAGAGAAAGAGAGCGAUUAAAUAAAAACCGUCAAAUAGCGACGAUCAAAAAGACCGAAACUCUAUGGGAAAACAGUUAAUGUAAUCUCUUGUGGAAAAUAAAAUUUAAUGAACUGAAUAUUUUUGUGCUGAGUGAAUUUGAUAUCGAAAGAGACAAAAACGAAUCGGAAUCCAAGGCAGGGUAAUACCCGAGCAGUACACACACAACAAAAAACAAUUCAAAACAAAAACCGAGAACAAAGAGAAAAAAAAAAAAAUAACGAAAACACGAACAACGACAACAAUAAAACCAAAAACAAAACAUGAACAGGCAAAAAUGGAUUUUGAUUGAAUUAUUAAAGGUUUGUUAAAUUUCGCAGCAGCCAAAAGCAGUGGCGAACGGUAACAGUAGCACUCAAUUCAAUAAUAAACAAAACACAUUUAUACGAACUGCGAGAGCGAGAUUUGUGUCUCUCUUAAAACGCAACGCAACACAACAUACACAUACAAUCCGGAGGACCAUUUUGACGGAGUAAUCCAGUAUAUCUGUUUCAAUAAUUUUAAUCGCUUAUUGAACACAUAGACGACACACAAAUACAGACACAAGCAAUUGGCAUUUGUGUGUUCAGGAGGCAUCCAUUGGCCGUGUGCCGUCUCUCUCUUCAUUACACCCAGCGCAGCGCUCUGCAAAUGAGUGAAUAUCUUGAAUAGGGCGAAAACCUGAUGAUGCUAAUAUAGUUCAGCUGUUUUUUCUCCUUCAAAUGAACACUUUUUAAUACCAACGAACUGUGAAAGGACACAUAGACGAAGUGCGACUACAAAACAGUACGAUUAAAAAAAACGGCAUCAAACAAACGGCACAAAGAGCAGAAGAAAAACAACAACUACGCCGAGCCAACGAAAAAAAUAUACAGCGAUAUAAUUCAAUUGAAUAGAAUCUAGACGCUCAAAAACCAACACAAAAACUGAUACGAAAAUAUUUGGCUGCCGCAAGCAAGCAAAGGAGAGAGUGAAGAAAGAAAAAAACGCAAAGCACCCAGUAAAAACACGAAAGAAAAAAAAACGAAACGAAACGCGCGUCGCAUUGACUAGCGAGUCUAGUUUUUAUUUUUAUUUGAACGAACAAAAGAUUAGUUCGCCAAAAGAUUAGAGCCGUGUACAGCUGCUUAAGCAUGACGAGAAAAAAGCGAGGAUUCUGCAACUGGUUUAAUUUGGUAGCUGCAAUAUGGAUAAUCAUCUCCGAAAUAUUUCUACACGCCUUUUGUCUGAAAGAUCUGAAGAUUUUCGUACCGGAGGCGGUUAUAACGGGAAAUGCAGCAACGCUAUCAUGCCAAUACGAAUUGGAACAAGCACCACUGUACUCGGUUCGAUGGUAUUUUGAGAGUGAGGAAUUCUAUCGCUACGUUCCUAAAGAAUCGCCGCCAUCAAUAGUGUUUCCCGUAUCCGGAAUCACGGUCGAUAAGGGAUCGUCUGACUCAACUUCCGUUACACUGCGCAGCAUAACUCGAGAGUUGUCUGGCAAAUUCAAGUGCGAAGUAUCAGAGGAUGCACCGAUGUUCCAUACCGAAAUUCGUGAGGCACACAUGCAAGUGGUGGAAUUACCAAAGGAAGAGCCAAGCUUACAAAUCGAUAAGAAAAUCAUCGGGAUCAACGACAGCUUCAAGGCAGUUUGUACUGUGGGCAAAAGCUAUCCAGCUGCAAACAUAACAUGGUACAUAAACACGAAAAAGGUCUAUAAGAAUCCGUAUCAGCGUGUUGUUUAUCGUACGUACGAAGGUUCACCAACAUUUUCAUCGCUCGAAGUGCAGUCAUCGAGUCCAAUCAUACAAGAUAUACUUCAGGCAGCGCCCAAAUUUAAUCCAAGCAUAAAAGUUAUGUGCGAAGUGUCCAUUUUGCAUGUAUAUCAUAAAAAUGUUGAAGCUAAAUUGGGAACGAUAAAUCCAUCACUGACAACCGUCACACCAAAUUUAUUGGGCUUGGAAAAAGCGUCCAUUGGCGAUCCAGAUAAUUCACCAUUAACGGGCGGCGGUGGCAGUCACCAUCAUCAUAACCACAACCAAUACCAGCCACGCGUCUAUCAUGUGAUUCUCUUGAUAAUUUGCUGUUAUUAUUUUUGUUAUGAUUCAAUUCUGUGACGUUUUUGUACAUAAAUUUGGGUAAUAGCGAUGAGCAACGGACUUAAACAGCGAACAGAAGAAGAGAAUAAAAGCAAAAACCAGAAAAAAAAUAAAUGUGAAGCGCACCAUUACACAAGUGACGGCGCAUUUAAACCAGAACAAAAAAAAAAAAAGCAAGUAAGCAAGUGAACACGGAGAAUAAAUGGUGACGAGAUGAAAUAGAAUCAAAGAGAAAAUCAAAACUGUCACACAAUAUUAUUAGCCAUUUGGAAACACUCAACAUUGCAUUUUUAGGCACAUUAGUAAGUAUGAUUGCGGGUCAAAGCCCAUACCAGAAUAUUACCAACCAACCAGAAAAAAAAACGCAGAAAAUAUAUAUACAUACAUAUAAAUAUAUAUAUAAACUGUCAUCCAAAAAGCAUAAAUUGAAGCAUUUCGCCGCGAAUUGCGACGACAACGACACUCACACCCCGAAAAAAAAAAAACGAAAACACACACAUAAAACAACUGUUAGCUAAUAACUGCUCAGAAGCGAAAAUAAAGAAUAAUGUGAACGCGUAUACAAAUGCAGCAGGAAUGGAAAUAUUAAUAUAAUACUAAACGAAGAUUAAUAUGUACGUACUAUAAGCAUAAGCAACUUACACACAAAUAAAAUGAAAAAAAGAAGUAAAUGAUGAAAUUAUUAUGUUAUACUAAAGAAAAAAAAAUUAAAAAAAUACAAUAAUAAUAUAAUAAAGGUGCGUGUGGCUGCCCCAAAACCAUCCAGAAUGGGAUGGUGCAGCCACAUGCACCUGAGUAAUAAUUAUAAAAAAAUACAUAACAAAUAAUGGACAGCAAAAACGAAGCCAUAGAUUAAUGAGAGCGAAUUAUAGAGAAAUUUUGAGGGAAAAAAAAACAACAUGGUAUACUACACCGUGUGUACGGAAAGUGACCGAAGAGCAUAAGAUUAUAUAUAAUACAUACUUAUAAAUAUAAGUCUAAGAUGAGCAAACAUAGCAAAACACAGAGACCGUCAACAACAACAACAACAACCAAAUAUAUAGCAAAAAGCCAAAAGCAAACGCUACGGAGAGACAAAGGAAAUAACAAACAAAUAAAAAUAAAUAAAUGUAUAGAGACGGAACGAGAGUGUGUGUACGAUACCAAGGAAUAUAAAUAAAAAAAUGUUUUGCUGGCAUUAUUCUAUUAUUUGA